UCAUCUUCUUGUUACUCGGCAAUGGUAUUAGUAUUAGUAUACAUGGGGCUGUAAUUGAGCAGAUAAACUGGACAGUAUAGUCAAUUUCAAGCGUGGAUUAGCAUCCCAUCAGGCCAUCACGUCCCCUUUUGUCCCUCUGGCCGCUCCCCCAGUCCACCCAACACGAGAAAUGAACCAGUUCCUCCGCUCCCAGCAAUCGGUGCUCACCAUGGACUACGCCGACAGCACGGCCGCCACGGCCGCGCUCGCGCCCAACGGCGCCGCCGACCCCGCCGCGGCCAUCAACGACGACGACGACGACGACGGCGUCCCCGAGGUAGCCGCCUGCAUAUCGUCGAUGAUCGACCGCGGGGGCAGCGUCGAGAGCCACCGCCUCUUCCUGGCGCGCCGCACCGCGCUGGAGAUGCUCCGCGACCGCGGGUACAGCGUCCCGGAGGACGAGCUCGCCCGCACCCUCCCGGAGUUCCGCGCCUGGUGGGCCCACAAGCCCGAGCUCGAACGCCUGGCCUUCUCCACUACUCUCGCCUCCGACCCGUCCAACAAGGUGAAAGUUGUGUUCUGUCCACCUGAACCUGUCAAAAUUGCAGUUAUCCGGGAGAUAUAUAGCGGAGUCAAAGAAGAGAACUUGUCUAGACUGAUUCUGAUAUUGCAGAGCAGAAUAAUGUCUAGAGCCAAAGAAUCUAUUAAGGAGAUCUUCCCAUUUAAAGUUGACACUUUCCAGAUCACGGAACUACUGGUGAACAUUACUAAGCAUGUCCUGAAGCCCAAGCAUGAAGUGUUAACUGCAGAGGAGAAAGCCAAGCUCCUGAAGGAAUACAAUGUGGUGGAUUCACAGUUGCCUCGCAUGCUGGAGACUGAUGCUGUUGCUCGCUACCACGGCCUUGGCAAGGGAACUGUUGUUAAAGUUACAUAUGACAGCGAGCUUACUGGGAACCAUGUGACGUACAGGUGUAUUUUCUGAGGGGGCUGUGGGUUUACAUGGAUGAAGUUUCUCAUAAGCAGUUGGUAAAAAUAACUUCUCGGCAGAUGAUACUGCACUUCUAGGCCAAUGUAAGCACCCUACUAUGUAGGAUGAAGUUCUCUGUAAGGUGUCGGUAAAAAUUGUCUCGCAGCAAAGUUACUGCCCUACUAGGCUAGCAUAUUGUCCUAUGUUAUACUUGUCUCCAGUCUAAUCUUAGAAACAGUAACAAAGCUAAUCCCGUUGUGAAGUUCUUCAAUACAAUCCCGUUGCAAGUGAUUCUCUCAGUCAA